GCUCUCCUGGCCCACAUGAAGGUGGAGUGCAAGUGCCACGGCGUGUCGGGCUCCUGCGAGGUGCGCACGUGCUGGAAAGUCAUGCCUCCCUUCCGCCAGGUGGGCAACGUCCUCAAGGAAAAGUUUGAGGGGGCGACGGAGGUUCACCCCAAGCGAGUCGGUUCCCGCAAGCUCCUGGUGCCCAAGAACUCUCGCUUCAAGCCCUACACGGCUCACGACCUGGUCUACCUACUGGCCAGCCCGGAUUUUUGCGACCGGGACCCCCAACGCGGGGUCUUCGGCACCUCCGGCCGCCAGUGCAACCGGACGUCGGAGGCGGGCUGCGAGCUCCUGUGCUGCGGCAGGGGCUUCCGCACGGCCCAGGCGGAGGUGGUGGAGCGGUGCGGCUGCAAGUUCCACUGGUGCUGCUCCGUCAAGUGCAAGCAGUGCCAGCGCCUGGUGGAGAUGCACAGCUGCCGCUGA